CAAACUACACACGAAUGAUUCGAUUUCCAUGGCAACGACUGGAAGUUUCCAUAACAGGACACGGGGGGCUUUGUUUACGUUCGUAAACGAUUUGUAUGAGACAGUUUGAAAGCUACAAAAAUAAAAGAUAAACAUGAGGAGGAGGAUCAUUGCUGAAGAUCCAGACUGGUCUAUCACCACAGUGCCCAGUUUAUCCAUUCUCUGCCUGCAAAUCAUUGUGAACAACUUUGAAAGAAACCCAAUAUUUGAGAUGCUCACAGCUGCCCAGAAGGAGUUCCUGCAGGAGAGACUGUCCCUUUCCCUUCCUGUCCAAGUCACAGCCAGCGUGCUCCCUGAGGGGCCCUACUGGAGGCGCUGUUGCCAGCAGAAGUUGGCCUUCUGUGAUGUCUCUGUUCACGGCCACAGCUGGAAACGAAUGUUUUUGGAGAAGCACUUGGAGAAGAUCAUUGAACUUUUCAUCCCAAAUGUAACCGACCCGCAGACCGUUCUUGAUGUCGUAUCAGUUUGUGAAAAAUACGUCAAGCGUCUGGACAUCUCACAGCUCCUGGUUCCUGUCGUGGAGCCUCAGAAGAAGAGCAAGGAGAAUGAUCAUGACUUUCAUUGGAAGAGGUAUGUGCCUCCCAUGGACCACUUUGACUUUAACAUCCUGCUUCAGAGGCUGACAAACCUGGAAGAGCUCCACCUGGUUUAUAGAAUCAAACAAUGUGGCAUGAACUUUGCAUGGAAUAUGUUUGAGAUGACAUACAGAGACUGUGAGACCCUCGCCAAGGCUCUUCAGUCCUGUAAGACACUGAAGCUUUUCAGGCUCCACCAAAGCCACAUGGAUGACAGAAAGUGUCAGCUGCUGGUGAAACACCUCAUGGACCACCCUUCCCUGGAAGAACUCGACUUUUGUCACAACAAGAUUGGAGACGUUGGAGCCAGGGCCAUCAGCAAGCUGCUCACCAGGAAUAAACUGCAGACUCUUAACUUGUGCAACAACCUUAUUAGCUGCCAGGGGGCCAAAGCCAUAGCUCUGGCCUUAUCUAAGAACUGCACUCUUGAGUCCCUUAAUCUGCUUCUGAAUAUGAUAAAGGAUGAAGGGGGUCAGGCCAUUGCCGAAGCUUUGCUGAACAACACAACUCUACACAAUCUGAACCUGGGAGGAAAUUAUCUGACUUCAGUCACUGCUGAGGCUGUGUCUAAAGUGCUCACAGAGAAUACAACUCUGCAAAGCCUUAAUCUGUCCUGCAACCAGCUCUGUGAGGUUGGAGGUGAGGCUUUGGUGGCUGCGUUGUCACAGAACUCCACUAUAAAAGAAUGUGACGUCCACCUGACCCAAGUUGAUGAUCAGAGAUCUUUCCUCAUCAACAAGCUGCUUUGGGCCAACCAGAUGUCACAGUUAAAAACACAACGAAAGGGGGACGCCCCCAAAAAAACCUUUGCUCUUAACUGAAGUUUUUGAACACCAAGAUCUAAGAUUUUGCUCUCAACCCUUAAUGUUUCUCAGAAAAAGCUGUUGCAGAUCAUAACAGGUAAAAAAAAAAACUGUCUAUAUCUAUUUCUACUUCAAAAAAAAACAUUU